AUGAGUGCGGGAUUCCUGACGACCACUCAGGCAGCAUGGGCAGCUCCUGCCCAGACCUUGGAAGAAGAGGUCGGGGGAGCUGAUGUCUCUGAGGUGAGUACCAGCUCCCUGACCCCCACUGAGGCCAGGCAGGGCCUCCUGGGGAAGAUUCCCUCUCUCCUUCCGGGUGAGAUCCUCAUCGAGGAGGACAUCUCCUUUCGCAGCACUCCCAGGGACACCGUCAUGAGCCCCCAGACCCUGAAGCUUAUCCUCCAGGGCAUCAUGCGCCGACUGGAGGCCUCAGAGUCCCCCCAGGCAAGGAGGGCCAAUGACCCCUUCAGGCUGAUGAAGAAUCUCUUUCUGGAGGUCCAGCAUGCCCUGAAGUAUGCUGACAUCUCUGUCCUCUUCAGCCUGGAGGAGAGCAUCCAAUUCAGGGGGGAAGAUGCAAUGAAGGCCAUCGUGAAGGCUGCGGCUAAAAGGUUGUCCCUGCGUUCGGAUUCCAACCGGGCUCAACUGCGUGCCGCACGCUAUGGUGGCGAGGGAACCGUCUGUUGCAUGGCAGACACCAUCGCGCACGUCAUAGGCGACCACGCCCAGGACUGGAGUUCUGACGGCCAUUUUGGAGCGAGGAGGAGCCUUGGUAGUGGGAGGUCACGCUCCUCCUCAAGCUCCUCAAAGAGUGACAUCACCCUCACAGAGGAACUCUUGGCCCAGGGGGAAACCCUGGAAGAGGACCAAGAGGAGGUGGCUGCGAUCGACGACAACAAGAAAUGUGACUCUGCUAGCUUGGAGAAGGCCAGCAGCAGCUCCCUCUCCGCAGACCUUGUGGACAGCACCUCCACACAGAAGACAGUGAAGGAUGAGGCUGUGAAGGAAGGAGUGAGGAAGUCAGGAGAGGGGAAGCGAGGUCGCAAGAAGACCCUGAAGAAGAACAAGGUGUCUCCCCUUGGCACUGAUGAUACCGUGGCUGAUGAGCCGGGGAAAAAAACGAUCUCUCCUCCUGAGGAUUACAGCUGCCCUGGCAAAACUAUUUUGCUUCCCCUGCAAAAAGAGGAGCGGCAAAAAUUAGUUGUGUGGAUGACCAUGCUGAAGAUUGGAGCUCUGACGGCCAUUUUGGAGCCAGGAGGUAGUAGUGACAUCACCCUCACCAAGGAGCUCUUGGCUGAAAGGGCUAAGGAAGCGGACCAAGACGACGUGGCUGAUGAUGAAACUGGCAUGACAAUACCACCCCCCCAAAAAAAAUAA